GUAACUCAGAGGGACAGGCAGCAACUCUGGAGAGUCGGGUCGGGAACCUUCUUCAAACUAGUGUCUAUCAGCAUUUUAUUCACCACAUCAACAGCAAAUGGUGCACAUAUCGGAUUGUAGGAGGCUCCUGGUCUUUACCAAAGAUGAAUCAUUUGCUGAUACUGUCUGUCCUGGCAGCAUUGCCUUUGGUGGAAGGCCAAGAAAUCACACGUCUGACUGCCUGCACCACAAAGACCAAUGAUCUGAGUCUCGAAUGCCAACACAAAAAGGCCUCUGGAGACAUCAAAUACGAGUGGAGUCUCUUCAAUCGAAAGAACCAGACGCUGGUGAUUAUUAGCACAAUCCAAGAGAACAAGGCGGAUGCGUCCUACAAGAAACGGGCCAAAGUAACCAAGACAGAUGAUAUGGUAAUGCUCAAUGUGACUGGUUUUGGAACAAUUGACAAUGGCAAGUAUACUUGCCAUCUUCGCUUGAAUGCUGAACCAGGUCAUGACGACAACAAAACAAUUUCAGUUACUAAAGAAACUAUUCCAAAGUGCGGCGCCUCUGGGCUUCUGCUGAACAUCCCUUUGAUGCUGAGUCUACUGCUCUUGCUUCCCGUUCUUCAAAACCUGGGGAACUUGCCUUGUGGAAAUGAAAACUAAUGAAUCAGCAACACAGAAAGAACAGGCAUGACAGCAUCUCCACUGUGGAAUGAGCGAUUGUUCUGUUGUUGUUUUUACCCUAGCCAAUCGUGAUUAUUUUAUGUUAAUUUCCCAUCAUGCCAGUGAUUUCAAGCAGAUAUAGUUUCGAUAAGUCACAGUCACAGUUGCAAAUGUAGUUUGGUGCACUCCGCAAACUCCCCUCUCCAAUUCCAUUGUCGUUCAAGUAGCAUCAAUGGUGAUGUUAGCGUAGGGUUCACCCCUUAGAGCUUUCAAGGCCAUGGCUGAUAUCAAUUGUGAAUCGGUUCCCAUCAUCACCACACUGGUGUUACUGGUGAAUAACGGGAUGCAGGGAGGGAUGAGGGCAGGAGCAGCAUUAGUGAACUAGUUAUGUGCACUGUUGUAGCAGACCCAAGAGCCUGACUGAUUCUCCAAGACACAAGCCAGGAUCUGCUCCAAUGACUCUGACUCUUUCGAACAAUGCAAAAUAUUAAUAUAAGUGCUUUGGCUUCUAUUGAAUGUAACGCUAGCCUGCUCAGGUACAUACCAGUUACUGUACAUAUUGAGGAAUCCAGCUCUGUUGAAUAUAUUUUCUAUGUAGGCUGAGUACUGUGUCAAAUUUUUUUAAUUGCCAAUAUCCAAUAAAUAAAUGCUCAUUUUCUUUUCUCAAAUGGAAAA